AUGGCAUCAUUCACCAGAAACACCACAACCCAUUACUUGAAAUCCUUAAUUUUCAUCAUUUUAUUCAUAAAAACCCUAUCUUUUGACCCAAUACCAUUGUUUUCCUUUGUUGAUUUUGAAAAAGAUCUGAAAUUUAAGUCCAAUGUUGCUUUUUUUGGUAAUGCAAAAGUUGUCAAUGGUGAGUCCAAGAUUCAACUCUCUGAUACUGGGAGAGUGAUUUACAAGAAACCCGUCAAGCUUUUUCAAGAUGGUGCUAAAGGUGUUAGAAAUGUUAAAGGUGAUUUUUUUAAUGAAACCUCAUCUGGGUUUUCUCUUGGAUUGAAAAGUAAUGAUUUUGAAGUUGUUGGUGUUGAGUUUAGUGUUUCAAGGGAUGGUAAAAAUGAGAUUUUGAUUAGAAAUGGUGUUUCAAGUAAAAUCUAUGUCACCAAUUUGGUACUAACAAGUGGUGAAAAGAUGCAUACUUGGAUUGAUUAUGAAGCAAGUUCAAUGAGGUUAGAAGUAAGAUUGAGUAAAAAUGGGAAUUCAAAACCAUUUGAUCCAUUGUUAUGGGACAAAAUUGAAACAUCUAAUGUGUUGAAGGAUGAAGAAAUGUUUGUAGGUUUUAGUCCUGUGAAAGAGACUAGUGCUUUUUUGUACUCAUGGAGCUUUGUUCUGAGACAUUUUCCACCACACUCUAUGCAUUCAGAGCCACUUGAUCCUAAGGUUUUUGUGAAAAACAGUGAGAAUCCAAUGGUUGUUGAAUCAAAGGAAAAGGGUAAGAGUGAUUGUUUUUUGAGAGUUCUUGCUGCAAUGAUAUUUGGUACUGGUUGUGGAGCUUUGACAGCAUUCAGUGUGCUUUAUUUGUGGACAAUCUUUGGCAAUAAGCGUGGUGCCGUUGUUCCAGAAGGAUGUGUUAUGCAAGGUUUGGAUGGUGAUUAUAGGAAAGUUAAAAUUGUUGUAGAUAAUAAAACCAUUGGAGAUGGUAAUAAGUAA